AUGGAGGAAGGAAGUGGAAUUCUGAAGGAAGGCUUUCUUGUUAAAAAGGUAAGCUGCAGUCACAGGCGAUGUGUACAUUACCAGCUUAAAACACAACUAGUUUGUUCUUUUUCUCAGCUUCUCUUGCUGGUUUGGGGGCAGGAAACAUCAAUAAGCAAUGUUUCAUAAGGAACGACAAGAUAGAUAUGGAUUGUGGCUAAUGGCAUGUGUACACCGCUUCCCAAAUCAGUGGUGUGAGAGUCCCGGAGGCAGAGUGAAUGAAUGGGAGAGCACACACACAGCCACGGUUGUAAUGUGCAGUCACAGUUUUAUCUAGGUGAUUUCAGACUUGCAACCUCCUCUUUAAAAAUAUGUUUGCCCUCGUUUGGGAAAGAGAGUGAGCUAUAAAUGUCAGAAGUAAAUAACAUCUUGCCAGAUUAUUACUUUUCCAACAUGAAUGUCUCCCAUAGCUAGGCAAAGGAUGUAUAAAGUUUAGAUACUGCUCUAGAGUGCUGUGCUAACAUUCUGCUAACAUUCCUCUCUUGCUCUGACCUGCAGCAUCUUAUUCACUGUCAGGUCCUGUCUUGCAUGCAUGCAGAUCUCCUCAAGAUCCACCGCUGCUGUCAUCUUUUAUUCUUGUCUUGCUUUUCAAGCAGCUCUCCCUAUAUCCUGCCCUUCUGACCUAGGGUGCAACAGGUCAGAGCAACAAUCUAGUUCUUCUUGCUCUACCUGUCUGCUCAUCUUGAUCGUUUGCCUUUUAUUGUGCACACUCAAUUUAUGGUAGGAGGGCUCCAGGUUCAAAAUGUAGCCCAAGUUAUUCAAAUUAUCCUUUUGCAAUAUCUGAAAUAUACCACCUCUCUUAAUCUGUCACUGUCUUUAUCAGAUCUUCAGAAGGGCCCUAAUUUCUAACAAUUUAUCCAGUCCAAUGUGCUUUCCCUAUGCUCAUGUCUAAGGGCCAAAUUGCACAUAAUGCAGGAGAUUAAUGAAUGAAUUUCUUUUCUCUACUUCAGAGAAGCGACAGAGUUCCUAAUUUGAUUGGGCAUUUAUUCUUUCUCCUCCCCACCAUGCUCUUUCCCUGAUCUAAGUUGCCCCCAGAGGUUUCCAUUAGCCCCACUAAGGGAAAACAGGAAAAAUGGAACAGAGACUAGGUAGUACUGCAGUUGGCUGACAGAGCCAUCUGCUUGGGAGUAGAGUGAAGAAGAUAAGCAAAGAACUUCUGGAUCAGGCCAAAGGCCCAGCUAGUCCAACAUCUUGCUUUCACAGUGGCCAGACAGAUGUCUAUGGGAAACCUGCAAGUGGGACAUCUCUGUCCAUAGUGCUUCCCAACACCUGAUAUUCAGAGGCAAACUGCCUCCAACAGUGAAAUGUUCUGUCAUAUUGUUGCGAUAGCAAUAAGCUGGGUAAACUAAAAACAGAUGAGAACUGCUGUAUGAAACUUGAGAGCAUUGUCUGAAAUCUGGGUUUUUAAAGCUAGAACCCCACCCCGUGCUAUGUAUGGUUUGAAUCCUCUCUGUUGUAAAAGUCAAAGCUGAGGAACACCAAAACAUGUCACUGCCUGAGGCAGAGUACCAAAUGAUGCCUCCCCCAUGCUAGGGCCCACCACUUCAAAAAGUAUUGCAUUCCCCCCCCAAAAAAAAGAUUGCAAAAAAUAAAUAAAAAUCUACUGCCCUACCUUGCUGCAUGGUAGAGUAGGACCUUUUGAGAACCACUCAUGUCUAGUGACUGUAAAACUGAAUUUGGAUCUGAAUGAGACAAAUCUAUUUCAUUUCUGCCAUGGAUUAGUUGGGGCGAAUCAGCAUCUUUCCCAUUGUAUAAUAGUAGUUAGUGCUUUUCCCCGGGGGUACUAGGGUACUCAGUACUGACACCAGGUUAUUGCGCUCAUACCUGUAAUGACUGCCUGGGAAACUGCUAUCAUUGCAAAAAGCUCACUUGUGGAAUCACUAAAAUACAUUUGGGGAAACCUUGGAUUUGUGGAAAGAAGGUAAGAACUCGGUUUAAACUCCUACCAGAUGAGAGCACAUUAGAGGCUAUAUAAAUUAUCAAUUGAGUGCAAUGAGUAAGAUGUUCAUGAGUAUGCAACACCCAAGCAGGUAAUAAAUGUUGUUUAUAAGCUGCACCUAAGAUCGACACUUUUUGUUUGCAGGGACACGUUGUCCACAACUGGAAAGCAAGAUGGUUUGUUCUUCUCCAGGACAGAUUGCUCUAUUAUAAAGUUGUGGGAGGAAAGAAAGAGUCUUCUCCAAAGGGCAGGAUUAUUUUGGAUGGCUGCACAAUGACUUGUCCAUGUUUGGAGUAUAACAGGCCGGUAUGUCCAAUUCUCUUCCCAUUUGGUAUAAAUUACUGUUGCUGUUUUGGCUCUAGAAAAUGGAACAUAUUAGAAGGGGGCAGUGCUGGUACCAUGUAUGUGUGGGUCAUAUUAGCUAGGGCAUUCUCCCUUUAGCUAGGGGUGAAGAGCAGUGUUGAAACUGGCUACUUCUAAGCUCUGGAAAAAUGUUGUGAGAUCCUAUCACAAAUCUUACACAUUUUCUCUAGUUUAGCUAGGGAAGGCAAGUGAUAGAUACACAACUUUAUCAUACUGUAUUUUUUAAAAUUGAACAUAUUAUAGUACUCACACUUCAAAGCAGUACACUUGAAACCCACACUUAUCCCUAAUUUCCAGGAGAUAGAUAGAUUAGAUAGAUAGAUAGAUAGAUAGAUGAUAGAUAGAUAUAGAUAGAUGUGAUAAAUAAAACAGGUAGAUUUAUCAUGUAGUUUUACCUGUGAAAAUGUUUGAUCACAUCUGUUUAUGAUCAGAAAGUUAAGCUGUUCAAGGUCUCUCAAAUUUCAGAAUUUCUGAGAGAUGCACUGAUAGCAAAUAAUGUAUUGUUGUUUCUUGUGGGUUUAUUUGUAGUUGGUCAUUAAACUGAAGACAAAAACAAACACAGAGUAUUUCCUCGAUUUCUGCUCUCGAGAAGAGCGUGAUGCCUGGGCGUUGGAUAUAACUGGUGCUAUUCAUGCUGGCAACCCAGUGCAAGUCCAGCAACUUCACCGCAUGAAAAAUUCCUUCAAACUGCCCUCAAAUAUCAGCCUGAAGUAAGUGUUAAAUAAUGCCUCCAUCUGCUUUCCUGCAAUUUGUGGGGUGUGUGUAGCCCAGUUUGUAUAUAACACUAAGCCAGACUGUGGCUAAAUGUGAACAUGCUCAUAGCAAAUGUCAUGGCUGCUUCACUUCUCCCCCAGUUCUGCUGCUGUGCUACCUGAAGCUAAGCCAUGGUUUAGUUUAACAUUAUGUCUGAAUCCAAGAUUGUGGUUUGUCUCAAUUCAGACAAACCAUAAGUUGUAGCCAAGGUUUUCUUUGGGCUAACCACUCAUGGUUGUUAAGGAGAAGAAGUUUGUGGGCUCCCCAUGGCCAUCUGCUUGGCUACUGCAGGAGAAUAAAUGCUGGACUAGGUUGACAUUUGGUCUGAUUCUGCAGGGCUGCUCUUAUGUUUUUAUAGACCUGAGGCUCAGGGGACUCUCUGGACAGUGGUGCCAUCAGGGCAGGACUUUGGGGCAGAAGCUCAGAGCCCCACUUCAAGGCUGGUUUACCGCAUUUUGAAGUGAAGUAAUAUGCCUUACCAUCUAAAGAGGGACCCCACUGGAAUAUAGUCCCAAGACUGAGCUUACUUGACAGCAACAUAGAAUGAGAUGCAUUCAAGCAAGGGCAUAGUGCUGUUUGCCAGCACCCGAGGCGGGUGUAGAGUGUGCUCAUCUGGCCCUUGCCACCGCCACCGGGCAGGCACUCACAGGCGGGGGAGGGACAUGUGGAGGGUGAAGAUCAUCCCCAGCAUUCCCCAGCCUGGUUCGCCUGCCACCCCCAAUUGUGCAUCCAGGGCAAUUGCCCCAUGCCCCCCCCCCACUAUGCCACUACUUGAUUGAAUCAAGGAUAGAGGACUGAAGGGACAGAAAUCAAUGGUACUCUCCUGUGUGUAACUGGAAUUGCCUUCCACUCAUGCCUGAGGUACUUUCGAUUGAAACUGUGCUCUUUAUUGGCUGUAUGAAUUGAGACAGAGGGAUUUGAGUCCCCUCACAAAACCGGAUUCUCUGUUUUCUUAAACAUUAACCUUUUUGCUGGUUUUUUUCCAGUCACAUUGUGGACAAAAUGCAUGACAGCAGCAGUGGAAUUAAGCUCACACCCAACACAGAACAAGGCAGCACAUAUAAAGAAAGUUUUACAGGUAGGCAAACCUCAUGUUAUUAGCCUCCUAGUACUUCAAAAUAAUCUGAUGCAAAGGAAUGUUGUUUUCUCCCAGGGCCCACCAUGGUGCAGCUUCAGAACUUUGUUUUCAUUAUUAGGGCACAGCCCUGGGACAUGAACAAUAAGAGCACAUCUUCAGUGAUUUCUCUCCCACUAGUAGCUACAGCCAGACCUCACAUGCUGGUGAUUAGAUGGAGGUACUUACGCAUUAGUGGGAGUUGGUUCCAAACCUAGUAUUUGGGUAGUGUUUGGAGUGUGGGGUGGGUAGCUAACAUGGUGCCCUUCAUAUGGUGUUGAACUACAACUUCCAUCAGCCCCAGCCAGCUAAACAAAUGUCUAGAGGUGAUUGCAGUUGGUCCAACUGCAGUUGGAGGGCACCACAUUGGCUACUCCUGAAUUGCUUUAGGACCAGGGGAUUUGGGUUCAAUUCCCUACUUGGCCGUGAAGUUCACUGGGUGACUUUGAGCCAAUCAUGGCGUCUCAGCCUAAUCUACCUCCCUGGGCUGUGAUGAGGAUGAAAUGAAAGAGGGAGACCCGUCUACACUGUACUAUGCUCCUUAAAGGAAAGGCAAGAUUAAAAUGUAAGGGGAAAAUACAGUCUAGAGCCCAAACACCUCUAAUUUUAGGUAUCAUUUGUGAAUUGUGUGUGCGCGCGCUUCACAGAAUCAUAGAAUUGUAGAGUUGAAAGGGUUCCCUUUGCCUGCAAAAUGUCUUGGGCUGGUCUAGAAUGAGGUUAUCCAGAAAGACAGUGCUAGCUGCCAAGUUUAUGAAAAUGUGCAUGCAAAUGUCUGCUCUUCAGUCAGGUUAGAUUACAAUUUAAGACUCAUUUCUCUAUUAGAGGAUGAGUACUAAAAACCUCUACCUUCCUUGGGAAUUGACUGGCUGCUUGCUGUUUUUGCUCACCUGUUUUUGCCUUUAUUCAUUUCAGGCUCUGUGCUGGUUGACUGGCUGAUUUCCAAUAGUUUUGCAGCCUCCCGUCUAGAGGCUGUCACCCUGGCCUCUGUGUUGGUGGACGAAAAUUUCAUUAAGCCUGUGGGAGCCCGCAGUGUUGAAGCCAUGAGGAAUGGUGAUUUGACAGAGCAGUUUUUGGAUGACUCUACAGCUCUGUACACAUUUGUAAGUGAUGAGAUUUCUGGAAGUCUUCUUUCUGCAAAUGAGGACACUAAAAAAACAACGGGGGCACAGUGUGCAUACGCAUUGGAGAGACUGAUAUGAAAGAUUUGCAGCAAAUGAAAAUCAGGCCAAAAGAUAACUUGGGCAAAAUCUUUCUAAUGCUUUCCAAGUUACAGUAUAUCUGACUAAUACUGUAGUUGGACUUUGGGUUGGGUGUGGACGUGCAACAGGAACAGUUUGGCGUUUAUCUGGAUGCAAUAUGGGAACAGCUCAUUGUAGCUGCCAUAAUGAAACUUAAUUUAUGCUCUUCUGUGCCUGUUUAUUAGUGAGGGGGUAGCAAAAGGCCCUCUGGGCCUCUCCAGCAGCAUUAUUUGCUGGGAGUGGUGGCAGCAGUGCUGAGACCUGCAAUGGGUGGUUGUGAGCCACCUGCCUAGGGGUGACAUCAGUAGCGGUGGGCACUUUAAGAGCAUUGGGGUCCUGCCAACUGCCUGAGGAUACUGGGUGCUGAGACCAUCCCUGCUGUUUAUUGUGUCUGGCAAAAAAACUGCUUUGAAGAUGGAAAUUUCUAUGACUGAGAAAUGAAAAGUUCCAUGCUAAAGGAGGAAAGGAACGCUUCUGUAUUUUGUACUCGUUUUGCUACCGCAACCCCCAAUUUCCCCAAUAUCUUUAAUUUUUAUUGCAGGCGGAAAACUAUAAGAAGAGAACCACCUCCAAAGAAAAUAUUCAUCUUAACAUUAUUGAACUGAGUGGCACCAUUUUAAAACAAGGAUUUUUAAUAAAACAGGUAACCAUGACUUCUGAAUCAUGUUGGCAAGUGGAGAAUGGGAGACUGGGCAAUGCUGUAUUUAGUGUCUUCUUAAGCUCUUUUUAAAGAAGAAAGUUGGGUAAUAAAAUUAAAUAAUAUGGGUUGUAUCUGCUUGUACAAUAAACUUCCACUUGUCCAAUGGGACUUCUCUCUCCUCUUCUGCUCGUGCCCACCCUCAAAAACUGCUCCAGUGCAUUGGGGGAGGAUCUGGAGCAGAUCUGAGGGGGGCACAUGGAGAGGAGAGGAGAGGAGAGGAGGAGAAAGGGGAAGUCUGCUGGCGUACUGUUGAAUACAACCCAAAGAUCACAAUCACAUGAACAGUGUUGCAAAAGAGUGCACAUAGGACCAAAUGUAUAGAAAAAAGUGUGGUGUUCUAUGCCUAAUACUUCAGUAGGAAAUAUAUUUGCCUUUAGAAAACUAACUGGAAUCCUUCUUGCAGAUAUGCUACCUUUCCUUUAGCAAAUAAUGUUUGAGGUGGAGAAUAACUGAGAAACACAAUCUUUCACCUGAUGUGGUACAACACAAAAAGCACUGGGCCGUGUGAUAUUUCUAAAUGUAAAUGUAUGGUUUAGCUUUCUGUGUGACAUAAGAAAUGCUGUUCAAAUCAUAAUCGGAAAAAACAAUUUUCUGACCAGGAAAGCCUUUGAUUCCCGCCCACCCCCCCUGCCCCGACACAGAACUAUCUAUACUGAUUUCAAAUAGUUUUGUAAAUCAGGUUGUUCCCCCACACACUUCAGUGCACUGAAAGUUAAAAUGGAAUUAAGAGACCAUUGUGAAGUGCCUUGGUGAAUAGAAUCCCCCACAACGAUUUGUGUGCCAAGUGAUCCUUUUGAAUUGUCAUUCUCAGCAGAAUUCCAAAAUAAUUUGCACUAAAAUCAGAUCUUCUAUGAAACAGCGGUCCCAAUGUGUACAUUAUUAUAUUCCGAUUCUGAAGCAAAUUUGGUUCUCAAAAACAAGCAUUUGAAUCUAGCCUACAGUUGCUAUUCAGAAACUUCUGUCUUUAAUUGUUUGAGCUAGGAAAGGAAGUUGAUGUAGUGGCUUAGCAAAAUGCACAAUGACUUCAAUUCUGCCUCCGACAAUGUUUCUUUGUCUUGGCUUACUUGGCUAUGACAAUAUUCCUCUGGGCUAAACCUGUUUCACAGGGUUGUUGUGAAGAUAAAAUGUGGUAAAACAGAUAACGAGAAAUUUCUCAGUGUAUGCAGAUCUACAGGCCAUUUCAGAAGGACAAACUGAGAAAUGGAAGGUGAAAUGGAUCUAGUAAUCUUUUCAACUUUUAGGGACACAAGAGGAAAAACUGGAAGGUGAGGCGCUUUGUCCUGAGGGCUGACCCUGCUUUCCUACACUAUUAUGACCCCACAAAGGUGAGAUGGUGGACUCCUAGUACAUAAACUAUCUCAUGUCUUGUGUGUAACUUUUUGGUAAAAUAGAUCUGAAUUUUUUUGUGCUUAAGUUAGAAUCAUGUGAGGCUGAAACUAAACCUCUUGUGGUCAACAAAUGUGGCAUCCGGGGGGGUGUGCAUUUCGUUCCCCCGCUCCCUCAAUUGUAGGGGCAAGGCCACAUGGCGCUGUGUUUUGUUGUUAUGCUAAUUAGGUUGGUUGCUGGAGUUUGGUCUGUGGCUGUGCGCACACCAUAUAUUUAAAACUCAUUUCCUUCAAAGAAUUUUGGGCACCGCAAUUUACUCCUCACAGAUUUAUAAUUUCCAGCAACCCUUAAGAAACUACAGUGCCCAGAAUUAUUUGAGGGGGGGAAAUAUGCUUCAAAGGUAUAAUUCACAGCCUGUGUUGAUCUAGAUUGGAUUUAUAACACUGCUGGGUUGAUUUUAUCAAUUUAUUUAUGAUUUCAUUGAAUUAUAUAAUAUGUGUUGGUUUUUUGAUCUUGCUGUGUAUGUUGCCUAGAUAAUGUUUUUAUUAAGGCAAUUCAUAAAUGGAAUCAACUAAUAAAUAAUAGAUGGACAAACUGUCUGAUGCAGUAUAAGACAGCUUCCUAGGUUCCUAUAAUUACCCCUUGUCUUUAGAAUGCAACUCUGUUAUUAAAACACUUUGGAGGAAGACAUGUAUAACUUUUUUAAUUAAGAUACUACCUCUUUACAUAAUUAACACCUAGAACCUCCAGAGGCCUAUCCCAAAGAGGAACAGGCUGGGACAAGAUUCAUGUUGUGUUGAUGUGGCCAGCUACUGCAUGUCUUGCCAAAAUAAAAUGUGUUGCAUAGAACAUAUAAUUCAUAUUCCUUACUUCUCCAUUUGGACUCUUUCCACCCACCAUAGGAAGAUAACCGACCAGUUGGGGGAUUCUCUCUCCGUGGUUGCCUUGUCUCAGCAUUGGAAGAUAAUGGAGUCCCAACAGGCAAGUAUGAACAUAACAGUUCCUUUGGUUGUGGAGCUCUUCACAUGUUCCUUUCUUGUUUAUGAAUAAAGUUUAGUGUGAAUCAGCUGCUUACACUGGGAAAGCUGAAGCCAUUUCAGAUAUUAGGGCCUGGGCUCCCAGUUAUGGGAGAUUAAGUGGUAAUGGUGGUGGGCGUAAUGAAAUCCAUGAAUUCCGCACCCUACUAUUUUAGUCAAAUCACACCUCCCCAGUAGGUUUCCAAAAACAGUAGUUUAGGAAAUUGUCAUAAAGGCCAGGGGGCCAGGCCCUGUUUGCCCCUUCUCCAGUCUGAACACCAAUUAGGGCACCUUGAAAAACUGUGACAAUAGGACUGGCUGUAGCUCUCUUAAUUAUAAAUAGCUGGCUCAAGCAGCCAUAUCACCAGAUUAAGGACAGUAUAGUAUGGAGAAAAUAAGUGUUGCUUUUUUGGCCUUUCAUGGCACUUGGGUGGAUGGGAGGCCAUGUAAAGAUAAAGGGAAGAAUUCAACAUCACAUCACUCUUCUGAUCCGUGCAAGCAUUUCUGCUUUUCAGAUGAAAUGGUACGCCCUUUCCCCUCCUGCUGUUCUAGGGAUUCUCUCAACCCUCCAAAGUGGAUUUGGACAAGGUGUGUGGGUGUUCAGGCAGACAAGAGGGGGAAGAAACCCACUGUGUUAGCGGGAGCCCUUGCACUAGCUUCUGCUAGCACACCGGGUUAGCUGGAUCCAGAUCCAAGCCUGUAUUCAUAUCAAUGCAGUGGUACACUCUUUUAUCAACAAAAGCAAAACUGUGUUGAGUUAUCAAACUCUCUCCCUUGUGAGAUUUUGCUGUUACUGCAGCAAUUGUGUUGUCCCUGCGCCUUGCUAACAUUCCCCUCCCUUUUCCUUUUUGUUGCAGGAGUGAAAGGGAAUGUGCAGGGCAACCUCUUCAAAAUCAUAACAAAGAAUGACAUUCACUACUUUAUACAGGCCAGUUCCAAGGCAGAGAGGGCAAGCUGGAUUGAAGCCAUCAAACAGCUAACAUAG